AAUGUUUUAAAUAAAAAAUGGAAGUUGUAGUAGUAAAAAGUUGAGCAGACGUAAUGUAAACAUUGGAUCAAAACAAAGUUGCUUAGAAAGGUCAUACAUAGGAAAUGCUUUAGGAAAAUAAUGAUUGAUAUCGAAAUUUUUAUACAAUAUAUCAUGUAUAAUUGAAAAAUUAGUGCCAAUAAUAUAUAUUAUAUCAAAAUAGAGUUGAUAUGAAUCUUUGAUCAACAUGGUAGCUUUUCCUUUAGCAAAAUUAGCUGCUCUAGCGAUUCGCCAAGUCAGUAAACCGCUAGCUAAUAGGUUAAAAACUAAAGCGAAGAGUAGUUUGUUUUUUAGAACUUACAUAUGUAUGCCUCCUGCCCAAUUGUACCAUUGGGUUGAAGUUAAUGUCAAGAUGAGAUUGCUAAACCUGGGAAAGCCGAGUGAAGUUCCAAAAUUGAAUGAAGCUAUGGCCAUAGAGCUAGGUGCUGAUUUACUCGGUGAAGCCACAAUAUUUAUGAUUGCCGUUUUUACAAUUACAGCAGAGUAUAUUAGGAGUUCUCGAAAUGAGAAAGCCAAAUUAGCUGCUACAGAGCAAAGAUUUAAAACUCUAGAAAAUGAUGUUGAGGAAUUAAGGUUUGUAGUUGAAAAACAAAGUGCUGAACUUUUACAUUUAACUAGGAUGUAUCAUGCAAUAGAUGAAAAAACAACAACCAAAAAGAAAUAAUAGAUAGUUUAAUUUUUUUACUGUUUUUGAUUUAAUUGUUUUUUCUUUUCUAUUAUAGAGCAAAGUCUUAUGAUGAAAGAAUGUGUUUACAAAUAAGGUUUAAUAAAAUUUCCUCAAUUGUUGUCUUCCUAUA